AUGUAUCAUUUAGUUUUUGUUCCAAAAUCAAUGAGAGAACGGGACGGAAGUAUAAGUGAAAAAGAAGUUACGAUAGUUUUGUUUCUGAUUAUGAUAUUUAUUUAA